CUUUAUUUUACAUAUGCUGACUGGUCACUAGAUAAUGAGUCAUUUUCUCAAGUCGAAUGUCUUUGAAUAUUAAAUGUGUACAUUUGGAAGUUCUUUGAGUUCUUAAAAGGAGCCACAAUGAAAUACAUAUUUUAUACAGUCUUCAUUCUAGCAAUUACAAAAUAUAUUACUGGCCAAAUUGCAAAAUUCCCAGAGAUUGAUACAAGCGGUCCAAUGAGAGGAGAAGUGCACAAACAAAAUGGAGCUGUACCCUCAAAUGAUGCUGUGAACAACUCUAAUCCAGACCACCCAGAAAUAGAAACAACAUAUGGCAGACUGAGGGGAGCUGUAAUAAACCAAACCGUAAAAGCUGGUUCUGCUCCAGACAAUAUGGUUCAAUUUACCAACUUUCUAGGUAUACCUUAUGCUGCUCCACCAGUUGGAGAGUUGAGAUGGAGACUUCCCGAAGCUCACUCAAGUUGGAAUGGUACACUUGAUGCCACACACUAUGGUGCUAGUUGUCCCCAGAGAGUUCAACCUUUAUUCAUAGAUUAUGAUGACAGAAACAUUUCAGAGGAUUGUCUUUUCUUGAAUAUCUUUAGUCCUAUAGACUAUACUCAGAGUCAGUCUGAGUUGAGGAUGGCUAACCUCACCGUCAUGUUUUACAUUCAUGGAGGUGCUUUUGAGGAUGGUGAUGGGAUUUACUUUGGUGGCUUUUUAGCUGUAACCCAGAAUGUGAUUGUGGUCACAGUUAACUAUCGCCUGAAUGUGUUUGGAUUUUUGUCAACCGAAUCUGCAACAGCAGGUGGUAAUUAUGGACUAUAUGAUACUGUAGAGGCGUUAAAAUGGGUCCAGAGUAACAUUAGAAACUUUGGUGGUAAUCCAGAUGCGGUGACAAUAUUUGGUGAAUCAGCAGGAGGUGCUUCAGUUUCAAAUCUAGUGCUUUCUCCAUUGACAAAGGGUCUUUUUCACAGAGCUAUAUCUCAGAGUGGUGUAGCAACAAGCCCUUGGGGAGUUGCAUCCCCUGGAGCUCCAGCCAAAAUGGCAGAGGCAAUAGCAGAGAAGCUUAGCUGCUCAACUGAUAAUGAAGAAGCAAUGAUAGCUUGCAUGAAAACAAAGUCUACUCAAGCUGUCAGAGAUGCAUAUGAAACUAUUAAGAUUGAAUUACCAUCAUCUUAUCCUUCUUUCAAAAUAACACCCACACCAGUUAUUGAUGGAAAACUGAUAACUGAUCACCCAAAUAAUAUACUAAAAUCAGGAAACUUUGAGAAAAGAGAUUAUCUUGCUGGAUACAACAGUGAUGAAGGAUAUUUCCUAUGGGGACUUGAGGGCCUUAUUGGUGCAAAUCUUUAUGAAGGUAUUACCCAAGAUCAACUAGAAGCUUUCAUUGGAUUCUUUCAGAAUCAAAUACGUUAUCCAACAGAAACAAACACAAAUAACUUCCGCAAAGCUGUUCUGAUGUACUACAAUGAUUUCAAUGCUGAUCCUAAUGAGUCUUCAACCAUUCGCAGUAAAGGAUGCUAUGACUAUAUCACAGAUCUCUUCUUUGCAUAUAGUACUCAAACAUUUGCUGACUACUACUCAAAGAAAUCAAAUAUGUAUCUAUAUUUCAUGAAUGCAAAUAUAUCAACACGAUUCCUGAAGGACCAACCACAAGGGAGGCCAGAUUAUAUAUUAUCUUCCCAUACAGAUGAUAUACCAUAUGUAUUUGGUUUCCCUAAACAUGCACCGACAAUGAAUGCAACAAUCGAGGAGCAAGAACUCAGUGGAUAUUUCAUGGAGGCAUGGGCCAACUUUGCAAAAUUUGGCAAUCCAAAUCCACGAUCGAACAGUUCAACUUCAUUCAACCACCACACAACAUGGAAACUCUACAAUGAGUCAACCAGGGUAUACCAGCAAUUGACCACACCAGUGUCAGAUAUACAGAACAUAGAAAAUGUGAACAGGGCUAGAAUGGCAUUCUGGGGUGACUAUAUUUACGAAGUAGUUGAUGUAGAACCUGAAAUAUGUGAAGUUAUAACAACUUCCAAGCCGGAGGUAGUCACUGGUGAUCCCGAUGUUACCACUGGUAACCCUAGCCCAUCUCAGAAGCCUACAACAGUGGAAUGUUCACAAACUUGUACUGAUGCUAUCAAGGCAGGGGCCGGAGUAUCCAUACAACCAGAACAAGUUGGACCCAUAGUCUGGUCACUCAUGGGUGUCAGUGCUUUUCUGCUCAUUCUAAGUCUAAUUCUGAUUGGAUGUAUCAUUAGUAAGAACAAUAUACUGGACAGGUUCAAACAAGAGGGCUCCUACAACUUUGGUAUGAGGCAUAUGAAUCUCAGUGACAGAGAUUGAUUUUACAUGAACUUUAUAUGGGGCCAAUUAAUCCAAAGGACAGCAGUAGUUUAAGAAAUAUUAUAUUGACUUUUGUUAAUAAAUACUCGUAGUACUAAGAUAUGAGGCAUAUAAGUGUUCAGUUGAUGUAAUGCCUUGGUCACAUUUUCUCC